AGAGACAGACAGACAGACAGACAGAGACAGAGAGAGAAAAGAAAAGGAAAAAAACAAGAAAAAGAAAGGUCGCAGUGGGUCACCGUUGCAUGUCCUAUGGUAACUUAGACUAUGUACGUGCCGAGUGUAAACCGCACGUAGAAUCGAGGGGACAAGAGGGACAAACUCGUCGUAAGACACGAGAAGGUGGAGGUGGAGAAGGUGGAGGUGAAGGUGGAGGUGGUUGUGGAGAAUGGAGACUCUCUUGUUGUAUCUCGUGGCAAUCGCCGGGAUCGUUCGUAAGAGCCAAGGUAGCCUAUUGGGUGUUGGCCUCGAUGAAGCCGGCGAAGAGUUCCUCAACGAGUACCUGUCGCUCGAUGAAAGCAGAUACCUCGCCGAAUUGCAGGAGUUUCAGGACGCAGCGAUCGAGAUUGAUCUUAUCGGAAGCAAGAGGCAUCGGCAGCCUCACCAGGAGCCUAGGGUGCUCUAUCAGAUCGGGGACAGUGAAGAAGAAUUGCCAGAGUGCUCGGAUCGAAGCGAAGUCUGUAGUAAAGUGGAUCUCUAUGGUGCACCAUGGGUCGAGAGGCAAUGUCGUUGUCCUGGCGGACGUGCUUGUCCUAGUAGCCUCCACGCGGAUGAUGGACAUACGAUCGUCGAUAAAACUCGACAAUAUAAACUCUGUGAACCCGUAAAGCGUCUUCCCAUUUGUCGUUAUUUCAAGGACAUCACGUGGACGUUGGCACCAGGAGGAGGACCAGCGAACGCAACAGUUCAACGUGUACAUUGUCGAUGUCGACCUGGUAGUGUACCCUAUCUCGUCCGAAGACAACCCCAUAUCUCUCCUGAGGGUAAUUCCGGAUUCAUAUAUGCUUUUGCCUGUUCGCCGCAAAGCAGGCUACGUUGCCAGCACAAGGAACCCUGCAGGCUGUUCACCGUUCGCAAAAGAAGGAGCUCACAGUUGGAAGAAGUGAACGCCUCGCCUCUUUGCCAGUGUCCCAGGGGACAUCGUUGUCCUCGACGUCACACGGAUCCUGGAUCAUUGCCGGCGAGAUCUUAUUCCGGCAUAUUGGAGAUCAAAACGUAUAGCGGCUAUUGCGUACCUUCGCAUCAUCCUGAACCAGUUUACACAGUUUGAGACAAAACGAGAAAGAAAAAAGGACAACGAUCUCUUUUUCUUCUUUUUUUUUUGUUUCCUUGUUUUUCUUUAACAAGAUUUUUCGAAAACUUUAUCUUUCGAUCGUUAUAAUAUUUUCAACGAAAAGUAUUUUUCAUCGAGUGAAAUGAUUACUCAAAAAUGUUGAGAUUGUAUAAUGCAUGAAGAAUAAGAGAGAAAGAGAGAGAGAGAGAGAGGGAG